AUGCAAUCUUUAAAAAGUAGAGGGAUGGCAUCCAUGCCAGUGUUCUUGCUCCAACUACAGCUGCUGUUGCUGCUAGGAACAGCAGCGGUGGCAUCAGCGAUUACUUGGUCACCAGAGUGUCCAGCGACGUGCGGUAAUAUCUCCAUCCCAUACCCCUUCGGCAUUGGCCCGGACUGCUCCUUGGAAGGUUUCGAGGUCACAUGCAAAGACUCGAAGCCUUUCUUAGGUGGCAACAUCGAGCUAAUCGACGUCGCGCUGCCGCAAGGCCUCGCGCAUGUCUACUGGAACAUCAGCUAUGUGUGCUACGACAACAGCAACUUCAGAGGCAACACAAAAAAAUUGGGUGGAAAGACACACUUCACAACCAACACAGCUCGCCUGAUGGACUUGAGAGGCACCCCCUUCAAGUUCUCCGACACCCGCAACAAAUUCACCACCAUUGGCUGCAACACCCUCGCCUACAUACUAAGCUCCAAUGGACAGAGUUAUGCCAGUGGAUGCUUGGCAACAUGCAGCGAUAUAAGCAGCAUCAUCAACGGCUCUUGCAACGGCAUGGGCUGCUGCCAGACUUCCAUUCCCAAGGGGUUUGUCUACUAUAAUUCUGUCAUUGAUUCCAGGCUCAAAAUAUCCAGCGUCCACCAGGUGUAUCCUUGCAGCUAUUCUUUCUUGGCAGAUGAGAAAUGGUACCAGUUCAUGGCCUCUGAUAUCAUAUCGUUUGACUUCUACAAGAGAAAUAAGAAGGGGGUGCCUGUGGCGCUGGACUGGGCAGUAGGAGGUACGAGCUGCGAGAAAGCCAAGCUUAACACCACUUCUUACCUUUGUCAUAGCGAGCACAGCGAGUGUACUGGCUCUCCCAACGGCCCUGGAUAUUAUUGCAGCUGUUCAGCGGGCUAUGAAGGCAAUCCCUAUCUUGCCAAUGGAUGCCAAGAUAUAAACGAGUGCGAGCUUCCGAAGCAGUAUCCAUGCUAUGGAACCUGCCUUAAUUCCCUCGGGAGCUAUACUUGCAACUGUCCAGAAGGCACCCAUGGAAAUGCUCUGAUAGAAGCAGGCUGCAUCAGACAUAAGUCCGUUUUAGGCACAAUUAUUAUAACAGCUGGAGGCGUUGGAGUGGGCAUUCUUCUUCUUCUUGGAUCUAGUGUCCUGAUUUGGAGGAAAUCGAAGGAAAGAAAUGUGAGAAAAAGAAAGGAAAAGUUCUUUCGCCAAAAUCGAGGAUUGUUAUUAAGACAGCUUGUCUCUUCUGAUGAAACUCUCGUUGAGAGGAUGAAAAACUGCACAAUAGAAGAGUUGGAGAAGGCGACUAAUAAUUUUGAUAGCACUCGUGUUGUUGGUAAAGGAGGUCAUGAUACUGUUUAUAAAGAAAUUCUAUCAGACCAACGGGUCGUUGCUAUCAAAAUGUCAAAGAUCGCAAAUCAGUUUGACCUGGAUCAGUUUAUAAAUGAGAUGGUCAUUCUUUCUCAAAUCAAUCACAGAAAUGUGGUUAAGCUCUUUGGAUGUUGCCUAGAGUCCAAAGUCCCUUUGUUAGUAUAUGAAUUUAUCUCUGGUGGAACUCUUUACAACCAUCUCCAUGAUAGCCAACAUUUGCCUCCUCUAUCAUUGCAAGAUCGUCUAAGGAUUGCUGCUGAAAUUGCAAGUGCACUGUCCUAUCUACACUCUGCAGCUUCAAUAUCAAUUUUUCAUCGAGAUGUCAAGUCAUCUAACAUACUACUUGAUGAAAAUUAUACUGCAAAAGUAUCAGAUUUUGGUGCUUCAAGGUCUAUUCCUCUUAAUCGAAUAUGGGUAACCACAGCCGUUCAAGGAACAUAUGGUUAUUUGGAUCCUGAAUACUACCAAACAGACCAACUAACAGAGAAAAGUGAUGUUUAUAGCUUUGGAGUCAUUCUCUUGGAGUUGCUAACUGGGAAGGAUCCAAUUUCUUACAGCAGACGUACAGAGAGAACUCUAACAUUGGAUUUCAUUUGCUCCUUGAGGGAGAAUCAUCUCUUUGACAUUUUAGACCCCCAUAUUGUGGGAGUGGAAGGAGAAAAAGAGAUUGAAACAGUUGCUGCUCUUACUGAAUUGUGCCUCAGAUUGAAAGGGGAAGAAAGGCCCACAAUGAGGGAGGUGGAACAAAAACUUGACGCCAUGCGAAGGUUAGGAAAAUCAAAGCAUGAUUUCAAUGUUUUAGAAAAUGGUGGAAUGGCAAAAGACUUGCCAAGCAAGAUACCAAUUAAAGACAAUGCUAGUGGUGCGACCAGACAGUACAGUCUAGAGAAAGAGCUCAUGUUGUCACUAGCAGAACAACCAAGAUGA